GAACGGGUGAGCUUACGUUAGUUGUGAUACAUCGGUGAUCUUGUAAACACUCGUCACUGUCGGGAGCGUGUUAUUUGCAUUGCGUGUUCGGAAGGGUUGACUGUUUUUUUUUGUGUAGCCUUAAAUUUGUCUUGAUAAAUAACGUAAAUUGCCUGUAUAUCGGAUCGUUUGGACAUGGGGAGCAAAGAACAUGAUACUGUUGUCCAAAGCAUGAAACUAGAUUUCAGUUGUGUAUGAUUAUGGAGUGGGCGAAGUGCUAAAAAAAAUGUGACGUUGAAAUAGUGCUGAUUCACAUACUUCUCAAAAAUGAAGUUAAACGAAGGAACGAAUAGCCGGGAAUAUCCAACCAGAAGAGGAUAAUAAUCUGGUGGUGACUCUUUUUCGCUGAACCGCGAACUUUGUGGAUAGUUGAUUUCGGUGGUGUGCAAACGUCAGAGAAAAUUAGCAUAUUCACACGCAAGCGUUUUUUUCUUCGUGUCAGCGCAAAGCGCGCGGCAGGUUCAGGUUGCGUUCUGCGCAAGGGUGCUGCGGCUGCUGCUGCUCACAUUUCGGAGGCUGUUGUGUUGUGUCUGCGCGUUUGUGCUCGUGGAGAGUUGCGUAUGUGUGUUGUAAGUUGUUGGCUAAGUGCGCUCGCGAUUGGCGAAAGGCUGGGGAGUGUGAUUGGUGAAAAAAAUUUAUAUCCAAGUGGAAGUGGAAGGAAGGUGAAAAACCAGAUAACAUCGCCCAGUUCAUUUGCACUGGCCAGGAGAGGUGCGUGAGCGAUUUCUAAUGAAUUAAUGAUGUGGCUAAAGCUGUCCGAUGGCGGAUCGAGGUUUUAUACGGUUUUGACAGCUAAUAUUUAUUAGAAAGCUGUCAAGUGGUGUGUCUGCUGCUGGCUGCCCUUACGGUCCUUUCGGGGGGCCUUGAGGUGUGGUUGUGUGUAGAGCCAGUAGAAAUAUAGGUAAAUAAUGAAUUUCUGUAUAACAGUGAUCCGUGAGUGUCUGUCGUAGGAAGCGAAGUGGAAGGAGGGAUUCCUGAUUGCAAGGAGGAGGAUGAGGGAGGAGGAGGAGUGCGAAACGUAAUAACAAGUGAAUGGAAUAAACUUGCUUAGAGAUGGUUUUAUGCUGCAGUUUUUCAAUCACAAGGGUGAGAAGUAAAUGUAAUUGUAUGCUGAUUGCAUAGAAAUAAGCAUGAAGAACGAAUACCGUAUGAAUAUAUACAUGAAUAUAAGUGCGAAACGCUGAAGAAAAAGUUGUUGGUACAGGUGUUUGAAGUGUAACAUUAGUAAGAUUUCACAUUAUCGAUCGAUUUCGAAGAAAACAAGUUGAAAAAAGAAAAAAAGAAACAUAGAAGGGCAGUGCGACAGUGGAAGCUCGAAGAAACGGGGAUUAACUUUAUUUGUUUCCCUCUAUAUCUUGUCUGAAUCGUGUUACGUGAUUGAAAAUAUGUGUUCUCGUCGAAUUAGACGACGACCUUUGGAAAUGUCGAAAAAUGUUACUUUCGUCGAAGUUCGUUUAAGUGAGAUUUAAAUAAGCUAGCGGGUUUGUUCCCGUUGAAGAUUCCAAGUUGCGGAAAGGCGCACGGAAGGGAAUAUAUCUCUGAUUCUUUUCGUGCAUUCUGAGUGAGCAUUCGUUCGAGCCCUGAAGUGAAAAAGAAUCGCCACGAUGGGUAGCCGAAACGCGGAGUGUCGUAAAUUUUCACCAAACAUCUUUAACAAGAGCAAAUGUACACACUGUUUUCGCCAGCGCGAGGAACACACCGCGGCUGCACUGGAAUGCAAUCGGGCGACGAGGAAGGUGUCAAAAUGUGGAUAUUUAUUCGUGGCACCCGACUGGGACUUCAGCAAUCCACUCUACAGAACAAAGAGAUGGCAGCGAAGAUGGUUCGUUCUGUACGACGAUGGAGAGCUCACAUACUCGGUUGACGAACACCCGGAAACUAUCCCCCAAGCCAUAAUAGAUAUGACAAAAGUGCUUGAAGUAACCGCUGCCGAAGACGUCACCAGUCAUCCCCACUCGAUCGCUAUCACGGCCCCGGAACGGGUAACGUUUGUGAAAGGCACCUGCCCGGAGGAAACCAAAUGGUGGUUCAAUGUGUUAACAGGCUUUCCUAAAGCUAAGGGCCGACACAAAAGAAAUGCUACAUUUCCUGGCGGGCAGGCAACCACUAUUCUACAAACACAACCUCCAUCAACCGUUCGGAAUCGGCAUAAUUCAUACCACAAAGAUUCUCUGCAGUCACCCGUGAGCAACAUGGAGGCACUGACAGCGCCCUGCUCUUGGAGUCCUGUGGCCCCACCACCACUGAUCGCAUCGGACGAGAACAAUCUAAAUGCAAAUAAUGAAAAUAAUAGCAUCACUAGCAGCAAUAACAACAACAACAACAACAACACCAGCGGCAGCAAUAGCAACAGCUGCAACGCCAAAGUGUACAGUGGUAAACCUAUGCUAUCGAAGACGCCUCCCACUAGAGACAAAACACACCUCGAAAGCAAGUCUCAGAUGCGAAUCAGACAUCGGAAUCGUUCUUCCCUGGAUACAACAGACACAGCAGUGAAGGGCUAUCCUUUGGACGAUAAUAUUAGGCGGGACGAGAAACUGAAAAAUAUUGUCAACACGAUAACGAAUGUAAAUCGAUGGAGCUCGCCUUGCAAUAUUGCCACCGAUACGAAGCAGCCAACGCAGGAUGAAAACACAGUGCCACAAUUCUGUCCCGAGAAAAACCCUGUUCAAAUGCGACCACAAUCCCUAACGAUUUCGUCCACUACGCCGGCCAUUGUAUCUGCCAUCGUCAAGAAGAUUCCUUCCGGAGUCGGCACCACCAGAGCAGAGCAGUUAAAAAGCAACGGUAACCACAUAACCUCUAGUCCGAAGUUAAAAGCUAGUCAAACUCACGAACGAGGCGAUCCCGAUGGCGACUGUGGCCUCGACGAUGCUCCCGCGAAUUAUCUGUCGAAGAACUCGGAACUUCGUGGUAGUCUUUCCAUGGAUGAACUGCUCACUUCCAAGAAGGGAUGGCUCAUGAAGCAAGACACCCGCAGUGGUGAGUGGAGUAAGCACUGGUUUUCGCUACGCGGAGCAGCACUGUUUUACUAUCGCGAUCCAGUAACGGAGGAGAAAGGCGUUUUGGAUGGAGUCCUCGAUGUCAACAGCAUCACCAACAUUACCGAAGUACCAGUCAACAGAAACUAUGGAUUUCAAUUGACGACAUGGGAUAACCGACGAAUUGUACUGUCUACUGUAACGAUCAGUAUCAGGAAUAACUGGAUCAAUAUGUUGAAAAACGCAGCCGGAUUACCUCAAACCAAAGCAACGCAGAACAACAAUAACUUAGGGCUAAACAAUCAGAAUGACGAAAAUUUCAAAAUAUUAACAGACAAAACACCAUUAGAAAUAGAAAUCAUAGACAGCGGCACGUUACAAGAAAAAGCCAGUACCAAUAAUAAUACCAUCAACAAUAGGACGAAUAUUGAAACAAAUCGAGGCGUAGACGAAGUAGAUUGUAAAGCUGUUCAAGGCAAUCAAGAAUUGACUGUACACCUUAAAUUAUCAAGCAGCACCAGUGAUGCAAUGAACAACAAUCUACCCCUGAAAUCGACCCGCACAAAGCCUGUCACGACUCCAGUAACUCCGACCGUGACCAAGUCGAUGCUGUUCUCUUCCGACGAAGAAUAUCGCACUGCAUCCGAAGGUGGGCGACGAGACAGCGUAGGUGACUGGGGAUCACCGAUUUCACCUCCGCCACCGCCAGUGCUACUUUCUGCGAUAGCAAAAACCAAAGAUAGAAUAAGAUCAUCCCACAAUCGAUUACACAAACGAAGUCGAUCGUCACCUCCGAUCUCCCGCCGCAGCACGGUUGACAGCGUGCAGUCGGAGGAUCUUCCGCUGAUAAAUCCCGUUCAGGAAGAAGUUUGCAUCGACAGAGAGCUUCAGUUGAGACUGCAAGCAGCCGAAAAGGAACUGUCCCUGCUGAGGGAGGAAACACACGAGCGAGAGGCAAGGAUGUGCGAGUUGCUGCAAACGCUUGAACGAACGGAGCUGGAAUUGACCAGGAAACGAGAAAAUGAAGAGAAUCGAGAAAAACGCAUGAUUCAGUUGGAUGAAAGUCGAACUAACUCUCAAGAAAUAAUCGAUAAGAUAUCGGGAGAGUUGGACACAAGUAGGGAGACAGUUAGAGAGUUGGAAGAUCGGUUGGCACGAGGAAUUGAAGAAAACGAAUCGUUGUAUAAAAAAAUCAGAGAAUUCAGUAUUUCUAGUCCUGCUUCCAGUUUGUGUAGCUUAAAUGCGAAGGCCGACAGAAUGAGACGAAUGGACUCUUUUAGUGAUUUGACUAGCCUGAACGAGGUUGACCCCAACACAAUGGACAAGAAUAUGUUAACGGAUGAAUAUCAUGAAUUGAGGGCACGUUUCGAGAAAGCCGUCAGCGAGUUGAAAGCGAUGAAAAAGGAAUUGAAAGAGUCACACAAAAUAUAUGAUGACUUGGAAAUUUCGCAUAUAACAUUGAAGAAGGAAAUCGAGCGUAAACAAAGGGAACAUGAUGCUCAAUCAAGAAUGAUGGCCGAUAGGAUACAAGAUAUGACGAAUAAAUAUUCAAACGCAGAAAAGCAGGUCAGAUUGCUCAAACAGAAGCUGGUCAGGAAUGAGAAACGAAGAUCUCUAUCGCUGAAAGGUAAAGAAUCCUUAACGAUUCAGAAGGAACUUGAAGAAAAGCUGUCUGAGUUGGAACGAAAAAUUGACAGUUUUGAACAAGGUGCAACCACAGUAGAGUCACUUGGUUCGCCAAAUACUUCAUCGGAGUUGAAACAAGUUAAGCGCGCCUCAACUCGAUUGCGUCGUAAAAGUUUGGACAGUGCUACCAUAUCAUCUCAACCAAUGCAAGUUUUGUUGAGGUUGAAUAAUCUGGAGAAACGCGUCGAUACUGUGGGAGGUUCAACAGAUGAGCUUUCAGUUACUGCCGGGUCUAGUGAAAGUAUAAGUGACGUUUAUAGGAACGUUAGCAGCACUAGCAUUAGUAGUAUUGGCUGCAACAAAAUCUCCUCUAGUCCGAAAGUUUCCGAACAUCUUGUGGAUCGAUUGACCUGCUUGGAAGGAGUUGUUAUUUCAGUUCAAGAACUUGUCAACCAAAGUUUACAUCAAAUGCAAGCCACAAAAUCAACCAAAUCGCGUAGAUCUGUUUCACCAAUAACAGACAAAAAGGAUUCAUUCAAAUUCAUCGAGAAAUGUCUGUCGGAAAUGUCCCGAAUACUACGCGAUACAUGUGAGAACUGCGUCAUACAGGAUUACUCCCUCAACAAUAAUAUUGUUGUACUUCCCGAGUCCAGUCCAAUUAAGCUCGCGCUCAUACAAAUGGAAGGUCAGCUAAAGAACAAAUUAAGCGACCUGCUGAAGCAGCGUCGAAUGCUGCGUGAAACGAACGGCCUCACUCAAAAGAAAGACAUGGAACUGCUAGCCGAACGUAUCGCAUUCGAGAGUGUCUGCUUCGGACGUUUGAGAAACGCAUUUGAACGAGCAGAAAACAUGAAGGAGUAUGACGAAAAACAAUGCAAAUUUGAGGUCUCCGAGACAAUCCAACAGAUGGCAAUGUUGAAGGCCAAACUUGCUGGUAAAUGCGCAAUUAAACCGAAUAGCAGCACUGACGUUCUCGCCAGCGUGCUGGCGAGAAGAACUAUACUGUCAGCUGGACGCACGAGCAAUAUCAGAACGCUCAACUUCCCACAGAUUGACACCAACUUGUUGGAUGGACUUCUUCGACAGCAAAAUGAAGUUCAAAUGAUUACCAAGCGCUACAAAACGACAGUGAUGGAAAAUUUAGCGUAUGGUUUAGCUGCUGAAACUCUGAGCUAUAUUUCAGCGUCUAACGAAACGAUUCAAGGAGCUGUACAAGAAGCAUGGCGACAAGCGCAGGAGGCGGUCAACGCUGAGCUCGUGCAAUGUGAAAUCGGUCAGAUAAUGAUGCGAAACGCUCAACGUUAUGAAAACUCUAUCACACCUUCCUUCGGUUAUGCCUUGUCAACCGAUGAGCGAAUAUCGUUCGAGAAUUUCGCCGAUGCUGUUCAAGAUGUGCUGCGGCGAGAGAUGGAACUGGCCGUAACGCAACUGACAGAGUGCUACGAAGAAAGCCUGGCGAAGAUGAAACGUGGUCAGUGGAGACUGCAUCUAGAACAAGAACGAAAACCAAGCGAAGGGCGACAGCUGCUAGCAGAAUUCGCUGAUAUAAUCGCCCACAGCGCUUUGAUUGACGCUCGAGUUCAAGUUCUGAAAGGAGACUACGUUCCACCCAAGAUAAAGCUGAUCAAUGAAGAUGCCAACAACUUCAGCGUGGUGGCUCUGAAGAAAUACGAAAAUCUAUACACAGAUCUCACAUCCGAUUUGGAAAUUGCCAAUCCGGAUGACAUUCUCGCUGAAGCUGACUUCAACUUUAUGUACCGACACUUUGUGAAUGAACAGGUUUCAAACAAAACUGACCUCAAAGAAAUGUCGAGGAUCUUGAACGAGUUGGAACGGUCAGUUGUGUCACUGGAAAACGUCCUCAAUCCAGAACAAGUGCUAAUCGCAAAUGCGUUCAAUGUAGAUAGUUUGAGUAGCGCUCAUACCAAAUGCAAAGAGAUACAAAAACGAAUCGACUUGCUUAUUUUUGUCGUGGAAACGCUCCAAGAACAAUUGAGCGAAAACCACAGAAUACAAGACACAGUUCAAGAGUUGACCAAUCGUCACGAGACCAGCAUUGCCGCCCUGAAGCAACAGCACGAAUGUAAAGUGAAUCAGCUCAACCAGAAGAUCGACGAACUGAAGCAGCACCUCAGGAAACUCGAAAACGAAAAGGAGGGGAUUAUACAGAAGCUCAACAAGGAAAAGAAUGUGCUCAAACUGCGUGAAAAUGAAUUUUGCGAAACAAGUGCUAAACUGCAUGAUCUAGAGACAAUGUGCCAUGAAAAAGACGAUAAAAUCAAAGAUCUGCUAAAAAGUAACGACGACGAAAGCCAGAAAUCCAAGAUGAUCCAAACCAAAUAUGAAGAGCUCUCGGAAAGUUAUAGGAAGAGCACAGAAGAGUAUCAAAAAUUAGAACGAGAGCGAGAUAACUUAUUGAGGCAAAUCCAGAAAGAAAAGGAUCACAUAAGGAGACUUGAAAAGCAUCUGGAAAUGCAGGAAACGGAACACGCUCACCAGGUUGACAAUCUACAUGCUGCCUAUCGGGAACAGCAGGUGGCAAAUGAAAUCGAUUCGCAGAAAGAUAGGGAUGACGAAGAUAGCCUACGUCUGAAAUAUCAAGCAGAAAUAGAACAGUUAAGGGCUCUAUGUGAGAAAGGGCUCGCGGCUAUGGAAGCAUCUCACAAACGGAUCAUUCACGAUCUGGAAGAGAAACAUCAGCACGAUAUAGCGCGGUUAAUUGUGGAGAAGGAACAAGCUCUUGCCGAAGAAACACAGGCUACUUUGGCUGCAUUGGACGCAAUGAGGAAGGCGCACCAGAACGAAGUUCAACGGGAAGUGGCACGAUUCAAGCAAGAGUUUUUGAAACAGUUUCAGAAAAAUGGGCAACCAUCACUCUCAUAUAAAGAGAAAGAGCAAGAACUAGAAGAAGUUCGCCUAGAGAUACUUUCAUUAUCGGAAAAGUAUUCGAUAAAAUGUGUUGAAAUGGCUUCGCUCGAGGAAAAACUAAAGAUUGCAUCCCAACAGCUUAAGUACUCGCAGCAACACAUUCAACAGCUUGACGUUAGGAAUAAACAGCUUCGAGCACACUUCGAAACGGGUGAACCUGGCGAUCCGACUCCGAAUACUGCAGGAACGAAAGGAAUCAACUUGCAUGAAGAUGCUAGUGAUGUGAGGACUUCCUUGAGAAAACAGCAAAAUAAUCCAGCGAAGGGUGUGAUUCCAGCGGUAAACGUUACGACAACAGUUCCCACAACAACGACUACUGCAUCCACGACCACGACCGACACCGUAAGCUCCGUCAGCUGCAACGUUUGCACCACUGGUCAUUGUUUUGAUAGUAUCAGCAAGGAGAAUUGUAUUAUUAACAAUAAGAAAGAAUCGCAUCCUAGACUAAAGUUUUCAGAAGGAGCCAAAUUAGGCGUAUCGACCAUCUUCUCUACCUCGUCGUCAACCGGAAACGACAUAGUGAAUUUUACAAGCAGUAGCAAUCGAGCCAAAGUUCUAAACUGUAAACAACCCAACAAAAAUCAACUGAGCGGGAGUCAAACUAGUAAUAGAAACUCACCGUCAGUAUAUCCCGCCACCGUUCAUGCGUUGAUCCCGAUCCCCGGCUAUAACAUCGGAAUAUCGAAAAGCAAAAGCAGCAGUAGCAGCAGAAGCAGUAACAUAGAUAGUAGUAAUGACAAUGAUAAUGAAAGUUUAAUCGAGCUUAAACAGACAAUCAAUGUGUGUUCGCCCCUUCCCUUAGAUGAGAAGGACGCUGAACAUAUUCGUCGAUUUGAGUUGGAAAUCUGAGGCAAAAUACCAUCGAAAAAAAUCAUGUUUCAUUAUCAUUAUUAACACCGACUCAUGAAAACAACCAAAUUAAUUCCACACACCAGAGUUUCCUGCUUUCCGAGUUGCAUCCAUAUUUACAGAGCAUAAUUCACUCACAUAGAAUACCCAACUGCAUGAUAGAUGUUGUUUGCUGAAUAUUCCCACCAGUUAUUAGCGCACGCACGAGUUGUUGUAGCAUGUAGUAAAUCUUUUAAUUUUCAUGAAUACAUUGUAAAUUUAUAUUAUUCAUAUUUCAAUCAAAGAUUGAUCUUUUUUUGCAUAUAUGUACAGUGACUUACCCACAUGAUUCUGUAUAAUGUAUCUAAUAAAUAGUAAAAUUCAUCAUAGGUGUAAAUAUAACUAAACACAGGAAAUUAAAUAAAACUUGUCUCACCCUAUUAAUCGAGUGAUUGAGUGUUUAUAAACCGCUUUUCUAAUGUUCAUCAUUAAAACUAGUAUUAGACUGUCUGUUUCGUUUCAAACCCAACUGAAUUUCCUGUCAUUCUAAGGGCAAUUCACAAUAAGAUAUGGUAUUUUAGAGAACUAGGUAAAUUAAUAAUUUAGUUCAAACCCGGUUGGCUAUGUGGUCGCAAUCCAUACCGUACAUAUACCAGCGUUUGUUUUAACUCAGUUUCGUUGUAUUUUCUAAUUUCCCUACCGUUUGUCUACUCCUCUUGUGUUCAUGAUUUCGAUGACAAUCUUCUUGCAUCCAAUCAGCAAUAAAAAUGAGUACGUUUUGGAAAAUAA